GCGAUGUGGGCCGUCCUGCCGCUGCUCUGCGCCGGGGCUUGGCUCCUGGGACCCCCGGCCGGCGGCGCCGCGGCGCUGUCCGUGAGCGCCUCAGAGAAGUUUCACUUCAAGUCAUGGAUGGUAAAGCACCAAAAGACAUACAGCUCGGAGGAGUACCACCACAGGCUGCAGACGUUUGUCAGCAACUGGAGGAAGAUAAAUGCCCACAACAGUGGGAACCACACAUUUAAAAUGGCACUGAACCAAUUUUCAGACAUGAACUUUGCUGAAUUAAAACGCAAAUAUCUUUGGUCACAGCCUCAAAAUUGCUCAGCCACCAAAGGUAACUACCUGCGGGGUACUGGUCCCUACCCAACCUCCAUGGACUGGCGGAAAAAGGGAAAUUUUGUCUCACCAGUGAAAAAUCAGGGUGGCUGCGGCAGUUGCUGGACCUUCUCCACCACAGGGGCCCUGGAGUCUGCGGUCGCCAUUGCAACUGGGAAGAUGCUCUCUUUGGCAGAACAGCAGCUGGUGGACUGUGCCCAGGACUUCAACAAUCACGGCUGCCAAGGAGGCCUCCCCAGCCAGGCCUUCGAGUACAUUCUCUACAACAAGGGCAUCAUGGGUGAAGACACCUACCCCUACAAGGGCCAGGACAGCGACUGCAAGUUCCAGCCGGGAAAGGCCAUUGCAUUUGUCAAGGACGUAGCCAACAUCACAAUGAACGACGAGGAGGCGAUGGUGGAGGCUGUGGCCCUGUACAACCCCGUGAGCUUCGCCUUUGAGGUGACCAACGACUUCAUGAUGUAUAAAAAGGGUGUCUACUCCAGUACUUCCUGUCAUAAAACUCCAGAUAAAGUAAACCAUGCGGUACUGGCUGUCGGGUAUGGAGAAGAAAAUGGGAUACCCUUUUGGAUCGUGAAGAACUCUUGGGGUCCCCAGUGGGGGAUGAACGGGUACUUCCUGAUUGAGCGCGGGAAGAACAUGUGCGGUCUGGCCGCCUGUGCCUCCUACCCCAUCCCGCUGGUGUGAGCCGCGCCGCACAGUGACUGGUCGGUGGAGAGGAGGAAGGCGGCCUGGGCCGUGGAGGUCCUUCCCGGGGGAAGCUGUGGGGAGCUGCACCCAAGGGCCCCUCACUUACCCCUCCCACCUGUGCCGAGCCUGGAAACCUAAAGAAAAGGAGUAAGAAGAGUUCCGCCAUGCCACAAGCCCACCCACGUCUUUUGGUGCAGAGACCAUCACCAGCCAUGUGCCUUAGGCAUGGUCUUGAACUGAUUCAAACCCACGUGAGCCAAGAAUAUUCUUUCUUUCCAGAAGGGCUACUUUCCACAUUCAGAGAGAGCUCCUGCGACUGUCUUUCCUGUGUUCUUUGUCCAAUAAACAUUCAGUGAGCCCCUCCUGGGA